AGUUAAACCUAGUACGUUUCAAUCGCUGCACGUGACCACAUACCGUUAUAUCCCGGCGUUUAUGAAUGGCUUACUAUUUGGCUAUUGUAUCGAAAAGGGUUACGUUUCCCACAUAUACCGCAAUCGUACGGCGCGUACAAUCGUCACAAUAUUAUGUUUAUAUAUCGCCCUAUCAUUUACGGUCAUAUUUAUGCGACGGUCCGACUAUUUCGGUGACCUACCGGUGUUUUCAGCGCUUGAACACAGUAUAUCGGGCACAGUUGUGUCCCUGAUACUAAUCUACAUGUUUACAUUUCUUAUGGAAAACAAUGGUAUUAUAAAUAGAGUAUUUUCAUCGCGGUAUUGGCGACCCAUACGCACAAUACAGCAAACCUCAUACCUCUUACACCCGGUGCUCGCCUACUGGUUGUCGCCACUUAUGCCGCAGUUUGAGCCCAAAUACGAAACCUUGCCUUUGGCUCUUUUUGGUUAUGAUUCCCCUCAGCCUAUGGUU